AUGACGUCGCAGCCAUUGAGCAAGAGAAUGCUACUCUCUCCAGUAAAAUCAACAAGUCGAUGGCGACGGCCAGCAGAAGAAGCCUGCAGCGAAGAGACAAACCCGAAGAAAGUCAAGGACGUGAAGGAGAAGAAGCCGGUUGCUGCGCGGCUCCGAAGAAAAAACCGUUUCUACUCAUCCUACUUACGAAGAGAUGAUCAAGGACGAUUGUUACGUUGA